GUAAAGGACGCGCUUAAACCUGUUCAGUGGCUAACUGACUGACUGAAUCGAAGAAGAAUAGAAGAGGACUCGCUAAAAGACUUGACAAAAUGAACUUGUCAUACUGGCUUGCGUGUGGACUUUUGGUCAGCCUGCUUUCAGAAAAGAUGGGAGCAAAACCUUUAACUCAAGCGCAACAGAAGUCCUUCCGAAGUUUACUGGGUGAGGAGCUGGCGGAAAUACUGGAGUCGGAUGAGAGGGAGAGGCGGAUAGACGCCGUGCGCUCUCGGAUGAGAUUACUGCGAGAUUUACGCAUGGACACCCGGGCCAGAGGGAUGUGGGCCCGUCUUCUCAACGACCAGCCUGCAACGAGGAGGCAUAAGUCGGGAAGCAAGAAGGCAGGCUCCACGUCGCGGAGUGGUUGCUUCGGGCACAAGAUGGACAGGAUAGGGACCAUCAGCGGGAUGGGCUGCUAGGGCUUGGAGCUGCGCGGAGCCGGUCUUUGGACGAUGGGUUUUGGACAACAGUGUGUUGCCACCUGAGGAAAUAAUUAUCAACUGAUAAGAUUUUCAGUACGAAGGUGUUCACAGCCACUGGUGGGCAAAGACUAAGAAGACAAUGCUGCAGAAGCAUCACCACUUUAUAUAUAUAAAUAUGAAUAUAUAAAUAGUAAAUAUGCAGGUAUAUAUUCAUGUAUGCCAUACCAAAUGGUCUACAGAAACAAAUAGAGAUGUGUACUAUGACGUUGUGGACAAUGGUGUAAAAACUACAAACUGCAAAAGCUGUAUAUUGUUGCUGCUGCUGUACAUUCAAGUACUUCAUCCUCUCCUGCGUAAAUGUAUUUAUGUUUAAAAUAUUUAUAUGUUUAUAAAAGAGAUAUUUAUAAAUCUGAGUGUUAUUUAUGUAACAUUUUGAAAAUGGAUGCAAUCUGCAGGUCGAUUUUGUUUUGUUUCCUUUUACUUUUGUUUUAUAUAGUUGUGAGUGUUUUAAGGAAAAACAAUAUAAAAAUGAACUUCCAUGUGCACAUGC